AUGGACGCGCUUGUUUUGCAAUCUCCUUACCAUAUAGAGGUGCAGAGAUGCCCUGUGCCCCGCAUCGCGGCCGGCACGGAUGCCAUCGUGAGGGUGGAGCUGGCAGGCCUGUGCGGCAGUGACCUCCACCCCUUCCGUGGCAAGGAGGCCACCGAUGGGGGAACCAUCAUGGGACAUGAAUUCGUGGGCACUGUGGUCGAGGUCGGCCCCGCCGUCACGACUCUGACCCCGGGGACGAGGGUGAUGAGCCCCUUCACCACCAGCUGCGGCGUGUGCGCCCCCUGCGCCUCGGGCCUGACCUGCCGCUGCGAUGCCGGCCAGCUCUUCGGCUGGAGGCUGAAUGGGCAGGGCCUGCACGGCGCCCAGGCGCAAUUCAUCAGGGUGCCUCUCGCGGCGUCGACCCUGGUGCGCAUCCCUCCGGGGGUCGGCGACGAGGCGGCGCUGCUGGCCGGGGACAUCCUCAGCACGGGCUACUUUUGCGCGCGCAACGCCGGGCUCGCCCGUGCCGCACCAGGCGUGGUGGUGGCCGUGGUAGGCUGCGGGCCAGUCGGCCUGCUGGCCGCGACCGCCGCCGGGCGCUUCCCCGCUGUGCGCGCCGUGCUGGCCAUCGACAGCGUGCCCGGCCGGCUGGCCCUGGCGGGCAGGCUGGGUGCGACCCCGGUGAACAGCGCCGAGUGCGAUCCCAUCGUCGCGGUCAGGGAGGCCACGGGGGGGCAGGGCGCGGAUGUGGUGCUGGAGGUCGUCGGUGCCGGGCCGGCCCUGGGCCUGGCCCUGGACCUCCUGAAGCCCGGGGGCGUCGUUUCCAGCGUCGGCUGCCACACAGGCGAGGAAGGGCGAGGAUGGGAAGGGCUCUUUUUUGGGGGGGGGGGGUUGAGGGGUGCGCUGGACGGGGCACACCUGCGCCUCUGCCGACUGACUCAGGCCGGCCCCGCCCUGGCGCUGCACGCAGACCCCGGCUUCCCUUUCACCCCGGCUGAUCUGUACAACAAGAAUGCCACCCUGGCUUCCGGAAGGUGCCCCGCGAGGUCCUGUCUCGAGGAGCUCCUCCCGGCCCUUGCGAAGGGGGAGCUAGGGGAGAGCACAGCAAUCAUCACCCACCGGCUGCCCCUUCUGGACGGCGUGCGGGCGUACGAAGCGUUCGAGCAGCGGCUCGAGGGCUGGGUGAAGGUGGUGUUCGACCCGUGGACGGGGGGGAAGCCGGCGAGCGAAUCCGUUUGA